AGUUAUUUCCUUCUAUCUUCCCCUCCCGCAUCAUAGAGCAGCCAGGCAAAAACCCUAGCGCUCCUAUCCCCCGCGACUACGAACUACGUAGUCGAGGUCCUACUGUCUUGGGCACCGAGGCCCUUGACAGACAUUGCGUGUUAUCCUAACACGCAAGGUGCCAUCGCAAAUGGCAGCACUCUACCCAGUGAGCGUUCCAAUCCAGUAUAUGCUUCUCGUACUUCCAUGGAACAAAAUGAAUCAAGUGAGGUUGAUGUCAAGCCCUUUGUUGGACUGGUUAAUCUAAAUCCAGAAUAUGCAUCUCGUACUCCCGUGGUACAGCGUGAAUCAUAUCAGGCACUUCUCGGAAGCUUUCACAACAAUUUGUUCUCUCCAAACAACGCACCUAGGGCAGCCAUUCCGUGUUAUCCUAACACGCAAGGUGCCACCGGAAAUGGCAGCACUCUACCCAGUGAUCGCUCCAAGCCACAAUAUGCAUCUCGUACUUCCGUGGAGCAGAACGAAUCAGAUGAGGUUGAUGUCAAGCCCUUUGUUGGAUUGCUGAAUCCAAAUCCAGAAUAUGCAUCUCGUACCCCCGUGGAACGGAACGAAUCAAGCGAGAUUGAUGUCAAGCCCUUUGUCGGACUGGUUAUUCCGAAUCCAGAAUAUGCACCUCAUACCCCUGUGGAACGGAACGAAUCAAGCUAGAUUGAUGUCAAGCCCUUUGUCAGACUGGUUAAUCUGAAUCCAGAAUAUGCACCUCGUACUUCCGUGGAGCAGAACGAAUCAGAUGGGGUUGAUGCCAAGCCCUUUGUUGGAGUAGUUAAUCUGAAUCCAGAAUAUGCGUCGUUUACUUCAGCAGAACGGAAUGAAUCAAGCAAGAUCGAUGUCGAGCCCUCUGUUGGAGUGGCUUAACAACUUCGCGUCACUGUAUUUGAUUGAACUCAAUCCUGUGAUACAUUUGCCUCUCAAGGUGGUACAGAAGCACAUGCAUUAGAUAGUUGCGCUUCUGUGACCACCGUGUAACUGAGUUUAGUCUUAGUUUUUCUCUUCUUCUGUUGAUAGAGUGAACAUUGUACUCUUGGUUCUUUCGUGUUGAUAACUACUCCCUCCGUUCCUAAAUAUUUGUCUU